AUGGCGCAUGUGGAGUGGUCAACAGAGCAUCUGGCACAUAACGUAAGAAAGAGGGAAAGGAAGUUACUGGAAAGAGCUGGAUUUGUCCAAAGUGGAAAUUCAGCCCUGGCGCCCAUCGUGUCCACCAUAGCCAUUGUGUUGACAUUCUCCUGCCACAUCCUCCUGAGACGCAGGCUCACGGCCCCCGUGGCAUUUAGUGUGAUUGCCAUGUUUAAUGUAAUGAAGUUUUCCAUUGCAAUCUUGCCUUUCUCGGUCAAAGCAGUGGCCGAAGCCAAUGUCUCUCUGAAGAGAAUGAAGAAAAUUCUCAUAAAUAAAAGCCCCCCAUCUUACAUCACCCAACCAGAAGACACAGAUACUGUCUUGCUUUUAGCAAAUGCCACCUUGACAUGGGAGCAAGAAACCGGCAAGAAAAGUAACCUAAAGAAAGUGCAGAACCAGAAAAGCGAUUCUCUCAAGAAGCAUAGGCCAGAGGCAUACAGUGAGUUGAGUUUACCAGCCCAGGGAGUCGCUGGCCCAGAAGAGCAAAGUGGCAGCCACAAAUGGGUUCUGCACAAUAUAAGCUUUGCAGUGAGAAAGGGGAAGGUCUUGGGAAUAUGCGGGAAUGUCGGAAGCGGAAAGAGCUCCCUCAUUGCAGCUCUCCUAGGACAGAUGCAGUUACAGGAAGGGGUCGUGGCAGUCAAUGGAACUUUGGCCUACGUUUCCCAGCAGGCAUGGAUCUUCCAUGGAAAUGUGAGAGAAAACAUAUUAUUUGGAGAAAAGUAUGAUCAUCAAAGGUAUCAGCAAACAGUCCGCGUCUGUGGCCUCCAGAAGGACCUGAGCAGCCUUCCUUAUGGAGACCUGACAGAGAUCGGGGAGCGGGGCCUCAACCUCUCCGGAGGGCAGAGGCAGAGGAUCAGCCUGGCCAGAGCUGUCUACUCAAACCAUGAGAUCUACCUGCUGGACGACCCCCUGUCGGCCGUAGACGCCCACGUGGGGAAGCAUGUCUUUGAGGAGUGCAUUAAGAAGACUCUGCGGGGGAAGACCAUCGUCCUGGUGACCCACCAGCUGCAGUUCCUGGAGUCUUGUGAUGAGGUCAUUUUGUUAGAAGAUGGGGAGAUCUGUGAGAGGGGAACCCACACGAAGCUGAUGCGGGAGAGAGGGCGCUACGCGAAACUGAUCCACAGCCUCAGGGGCCUGCAGUUCAAGGAUCCUGAGGACAUUUACAACGCGGCCCUGGCGGACACCCUGUUAGACAGCGCUGCCGAGAGAGACGAGGAUGCCGUUAUGGCCCCAAGAGACGAGAAAGAUGAAGGGAAAGGAUCGGAAACAGACUCAGAGUUUGUAGAUGUCAAAGCUCCUGUGCAUCAACUCAUCCAGACCGAAUCCCCCCGGGAGGGAUCAGUGACCUGGAAAACGUAUCACACAUACAUCAAGGCUUCUGGAGGGUACCUCCUCUCUCUCCUGGCCGUGACCCUGUUCCUCCUGAUGAUCGGCAGCUCUGCCUUCAGCAACUGGUGGCUGGGUGUCUGGCUAGACGAGGGCUCGCGGAUGACCUGUGGGCCCCAGGCCAACGAGACCGUAUGUGAGAUCGGCGCGGUGCUGGCGGACACGGGGGAGCAUCUGCACCAGUGGGUAUACGCAGGGAGCAUGGUCUCCGUGCUGGUGUUUGGCAUCACCAAAGGCUUCACCUUCACCAAGACCACACUGAAGGCCUCCUCCUCCUUACAUGACCAAGUGUUUGACAAGAUCUUAAAGAGCCCGAUGAGCUUCUUUGACACGACUCCCACUGGCAGGCUAAUGAACCGCUUUUCCAAGGAUAUGGACGAGCUGGAUGUGAGGCUGCCGUUUCAUGCCGAGAACUUUCUGCAGCAGUUUUUCAUGGUGGUGUUUAUCCUGGCGAUACUGGCUGUCGUGUUCCCCGCGGUCCUCUUAGUCCUGGCCGGCCUUGCUGUGGGCUUCGUCGUUCUCUUAUGCGUGUUCCACAGAGGAGUCCAGGAGCUCAAGAAGGUGGAGAACGUCAGCCGGUCGCCCUGGUUCUCCCACAUCACCUCCUCCAUGCAGGGGCUGGGCAUCAUUCAUGCCUAUGACAAACAGGAGGACUGCAUCCACAAGUUUAAGAUGCUUAAUGACGAAAACUCCAGCCACCUCCUCUACUUUAACUGUGCUCUCCGGUGGUUUGCCCUGAGAAUGGACAUCCUCAUGAACAUCGUUACCUUUAUCGUGGCCUUGCUGGUGACGCUGAGUUUCUCCUCAAUCAGUGCUUCAUCCAAAGGCUUGUCACUGUCUUACAUCAUCCAGCUCAGCGGACUGCUCCAAGUGUGUGUGCGAACAGGAGCAGAGACCCAAGCCAAAUUCACUGCCGUGGAGCUGCUGAGGGAGUAUAUUUCGACCUGUGUUCCUGAAAGCACUCACCCCCUCAAGGUGGAGGCGUGUCCCAAGGACUGGCCCAGCCACGGGGAGAUCACCUUCAAAGACUAUCAGAUGAGGUACAGAGACAGCACUCCCCUCGUUCUCGACGGGCUGAGCCUGAACAUCCAGAGCGGGCAGACGGUUGGGAUUGUCGGAAGAACGGGUUCCGGGAAGUCAUCUUUGGGAAUGGCCUUGUUUCGUCUGGUGGAGCCAGCCAGCGGUACGAUCUUCAUCGAUGAGGUGGACAUUCGCUCCAUUGGUUUAGAAGACCUCAGGACCAAGCUGACCGUGAUCCCCCAGGACCCUGUCCUGUUUGUAGGUACAGUAAGGUACAACUUGGAUCCCUUCGAGAACCACACCGACGAGAUGCUCUGGCAGGUUCUGGAGAGAACAUUCAUGAGAGACACAAUAAUGAAACUGCCGGAAAAAUUACAGGCAGAAGUCACAGAAAAUGGCGAAAACUUCUCAGUAGGGGAACGCCAGCUGCUCUGUAUGGCCCGGGCACUCCUCCGCAAUUCAAAAAUCAUUCUCCUUGAUGAAGCCACUGCGUCCAUGGACUCCAAGACAGACUCUCUUGUUCAGAGCACCAUCAAAGACGCCUUCAGAGGCUGCACGGUGCUCACCAUUGCCCACCGCUUAAACACAGUUCUCAACUGCGACCGCGUGCUGGUCAUGGAAAACGGGAAGGUGGCUGAGUUUGACAAGCCCGAAGUCCUUGCUGAGAAUCCAGAUUCUGCGUUCGCGAUGUUGCUAGCAGCAGAAAACAAAGUUCGACUGUAA